GUUGUCGUUGUUGUCGUCGUCGUGUUGUGUCGAGGAGUCGUGGACCGGUCCGACGAGGUGGGUCGCGCCGGUUAAGCGCGAACGUUUCACAAGUUUAACGAGAGGUGGAGAGAGGAACGGCGAAAAGAAUCGGUAGCGCGAGUCGAGCUGAAUCUCUUGUGUGGUUGUGUCGGGUGAGUGAAAGAGGGAAAGAAGAAGGAUUGGCGGUGGUGGUAGGGAUAUAAGCAGUGUAGCGGUGGUGGAGGAAGACAGAGCGUGCGCAGCGUAGAAAAGCAUCGGUGGCGCGUAGGUAGGGGGAUGUAGGGGAUUGUAGCGGGGAUUGUCCGGAGGAAGCGACACCCGUAGCUCCGUUUUACCACCGCAUUCUCGAGCGUUCGUCUCUACUCGUCUCGUCGCGUAUUAGCAGCGACGACGGAACAGUGUCAGUAACAGAAAAGCGUACCAGGCAACAUAGCAAUCGACAGACGAAUUGCGAUUUACGCGCACGUACUCGUCGCGCGCGCGCGCGAUAUCCCAAGCUGCUCGCUUUUACAUUGUUUUUUUUUUCUUUCGUAAGCUUAUCGAGUGUCAGUUUAUUGCAGUUUGUUCGAGAGCAAAAUAUUUGCACCUCUUCUUUGCGAUAGUCGCCAUUUAUUUCGACGGUUACUGUUGGUGAAAAACUUUUCUUUCGUUGUUGCGUUCCCUCGGUCGACUAGUAGUCGACUCGCCACAGCUAGCGAUCCACGCUCGAAAGGAGAAAAGAACAAAGAGACCAGCCAGGAGAAAAGAAAAGAAAGAGACCGUUCAAAGCGGGAGGGGAGGAGAGAGGAUCGAAGUGACGUUUCCGUGGGAGUUCCUUCUCUCAUAGAGGUGGAAUCCUUUCGCGAGUGCGUAGUGCGCGUGUAAAGAGGCUUUUUAGUUUGCUGCUCCUCCGUUCGAACGGGUCAUGCUCUAGAAACGCUUUUCUCUGGCUUACUACCUAUCAACGUGCGUUAACGCUAGAUUAUAGUUAACGAAGACUAAAAAAAAUCAAGAGGAUUUCUAUUUAAAGAGUAAAAUAUAAUAAAAUCUGAAGAGGAAGAGUGAAAGGGAAAGCGGAAAGUGUAUGUGAGUUGUGAUAGUAGAGGAGAGGAGAGGAGAGGAGAGGAGAGGAGAGGAGAGGAGAGGAGAGUGUGUCUGGUUGGUUGGCUGGCUGAGUGGCUGGCUGGCUGAAGUUUAUCGAUAUCUGGAAGAUCGACGAAUCGUCAAAAUGAUGGGAAAGAGAACGCAGUGUUACUUGUGUGACUUACCCAGAAUGCCCUGGGCAAUGAUCAUGGACUUUUCCGAGCCGGUAUGUCGUGGUUGCGUGAAUUACGAGGGAGCGGAUAGGAUAGAUCUAGUAUUGGAGUCUGCCAAACAAUUAAAGAAGGCGCAUGGAUUUCAAGAUGCCAGGCCGUCCGCUUCUAAGGCUUACAGGUCGGCUGGUCACACGGAACACAAUGGUGGCCCGAGUUUAGACGUUCUACCAAUUCAGAACGCCGGUCAAACUCACUCGAGGCAUCACAACAUAACAAGUUACUCGCAGUUACAUCACAGGAACUCUAUUACGGAAUUUAAUUCGGGCACAACGAGACAACAAAUAUCGCGACAACACGAGGAUAAUCAUGAUCUUGGUAACGGAUUGAGAGGUAACAACGUGAGAAUUCCGAACGCCCACCUUGCUGCUGUGGCACAUCACGUGAGCCUCGGUCACAACAGAGGAAUGUCCCAGUUGAAACGUGGUAUAUCUGCUAUCGACGAGGAGGAACAUACGGAGAAAAGACUUUCUUUGGAAGAUCAGCAUCCGGUGAGGCCUCCUCUCACAAGGGGCGACUCCUUGCCUGCCGUCAGCUUGGCCGUUAGCUACGUCCAUGAUAGAAAUAAAGAGAAACACCCCGUCAGGGCGCCGAGUUUCGAAACCGCGACCACGUUCAAGGCCAACGUUGCUUAUGUUGGCUCGUCCAUUCCGUUAGCGCCCGCCAACGUAGCUGCAAAUGGCGGAGGAUCACCUCUUCGUCCUAGGACGAGUCCUCCGCCCCCACCUCCACCGACGCAAGAAAGCGCCAACGAUAAUCCACAGAAUAAUCAUCAUCAGGGAUCGACAAACGGACCUUCACCGAUGGCCGCCUUGAUGUCCGUUGCCGACAAUCUGACGUCUCCAGAACCCGUACCCCAGCCGCCAAACAAUCCAAGUCCCACGAGCAGAAGCCCACCAACUACAGCAACUAACGUUCAACAACGUAGCGCUUCCAGAGGUUCUCAACACAGUCCUAAUGGUUCAGUCAAUUUUCUCUCAGGAUCGGGUAGAAGAUCUAGCUGUUCCAGGCACGUAUCUUCGACGACGGUAACGACGUCGUCCGAAGGUGCGGUGGCUCAAUCAGCGGGUGCUGAACCUGUGUCAGCCCCAACCCUUAAAUGCACUCUUUGUCAAGAACGUCUUGAAGACACGCACUUCGUUCAGUGUCCGAGCGUUCCUCAUCACAAAUUUUGUUUCCCCUGCAGUCGAGACAGCAUAAAAAGACAAGGGGCUGGUUCGGAGGUUUACUGUCCGAGUGGAGAGAAGUGUCCGUUGGCAAAUAGCCAAGUACCGUGGGCGUUUAUGCAAGGAGAGAUUGCAACGAUUCUUGGGGAAUAAUCGAGGAAAAGAAAAAAGUAUCCGUGACAAAGUCAUUUUAUGAUUACGAAAGAAAAGAAAGAAAAAGACGAGAGACGAAGAAGAAAUAAAGAAGCGUAUCUCCGUUACAUUUCUCAGAAAACAAAUUUAUGUGGACAGAAACAUAAUUAGUGACCUUUUACAAUGUCCAUUUUUGCCUUUAGUUGUUGUUUAUCUCUAUCUCGCCUAGACUUUAAGUAAAAAGAAGAGGGGCAUUUUUGGUUUUUCAUUUUGCCGAUGAAAACGAAAAGAAUACGCCCGUCAAAUAGGAACCAUACACUCGCUAAUUGUCUCUAAAGAAAAAGAAAAUGAAAAUAAAAAAAAAAAAAAUGG